AUGCCUCUACAACAACUUGUUCUUCACCCCACGGUCAACAAUUCAUUAAAGUAUGCUAGCACAACAGUUGGUAGAGAUAAGAUAUAUAGAACUGUUCAAUACUUUGCUCGGUUUCUUGUUUGGUAUUUUAAACGUCAAGGUUAUACCAAAGAAACAAUUCAGAGAUUUGCUAAUUUAAAAAGUACAUUAGUUAUGAGACUUGGAAAACCCAAUUAUAAAAAUUUUUGUAAUCAUGCUACUUUUUUGAUGUUUGGAUGA